AUGUCAAGUAAUCAUGAGGAAUCAGAUACUGAUCAGGAGUCAGUUUUAGAAUUUGAAAGAUUAGAAUCAACUUUACCUCCUUCAUUAAAAAGAUCUGCUUCAUCUUUAUUAGAAGCAAUUCAAUCAACCCCAACUCAUAGUUCAACAUCAAUUCAACAUGAUUCAAAUAUUAAACAACCACAACCUAGACAUCCAAAUGAAAAUAAUUCAUAUCAACCAAUUCCUGGAAGACCAACAACAACUCCAAAUUUAAAAAAUUCUACAUUUAGACAAAAUUUAAUCAAUAAAUUAUCGAAAUCUGAGAAUGGUAGAGAAUCUUCACCAAUUCCAUUACCAAAACCAAGAUUUGAUGAAAGUAUUUAUAAACCUGCAUUAAAUGCUAAAUCCUCAACUGGUGUUUUAUGGGCAACUGAAAGAGCUGGUGAAUAUGGUUAUAAUCAAGAAUCAGUUGGUGAAUGGGCAAAUUUAGGUCAAGGUUCUCCGGAACAUGGUGAUACUAUUCCUGGAUCUUUUCCAAGACCAAAAUCUAUACCUAUUUCAGAUGACUCAAAAGGUUACGCUCCUACUGCAGGUAUUACUGAAUUAAGAACAACUGUUGCUAAUUUAUAUAAUGAAUUAUAUCGUAAAGAAAAACAAUCAAAAUAUACUUAUAAAAAUGUGUGUAUUGUUCCAGGUGGUAGAUCUGGUUUGACAAGAAUUGCAAGUAUUAUAAGUGAUUGUUAUUUAUCAUUCUUUUUACCCGAUUAUACUGCUUAUGCAGAAAUGUUGAGUUUAUUUAAAAAUUUUGCACCAAUUCCAGUACCUUUAAAAGAAGCAGAUAAUUAUGAAAUUCAUUUAAAAAUGAUAAAGGAAGAAUUACAAAGAGGUGUAUCUGCUUUAUUAACUUCAAAUCCAAGAAAUCCAACUGGUCAUUGUAUGAAACCUGAUCAAUUAAAGGUUUUACAUGAUAUGUGUAGAGAAAAAUGUUUAUUAAUUAUGGAUGAAUUCUAUUCUCAUUAUUAUUAUGAUGAUGGAUGUACUGGAUCAUCAAUAAGUUCAGCUGAAUUUGUUGAAGAUGUUAAUAGAGAUCCAGUGUUGAUAUUAAAUGGUUUAACUAAAGCUUUUAGAUGUCCUGGUUUUAGAGUAUGUUGGAUCAUUGGACCUGAAGAUUAUAUAAAUGCUUUAUCAUCAUCUGGUUCUUAUUUAGAUGGUGGUACAAAUGCUCCUUUCCAAUAUGCUGCUAUUGAUUUUUUGAAACCAGAAAAAGUUUUAUCUGAAAUGAAAGCUUUACAAGUACACUUUAAAAUGAAGAGAGAUUAUAUAAUUUCAAGAUUGACUAAAAUGGGAUUCCAUUUCAAUGAAAAAAAUACACCUAAUUCAACAUUUUAUUUAUGGUUGAAUUUAAGUCAUUUACCUGGGAAAUUAUCAAAUUGUUUAGGUUUCUUUCAUGAAUGUUUACAUGAAAAAGUUAUAGUUGUACCCGGGUUCUUCUUCUUGAUCAAUCCACAAAAUUUAUCACAUUUAGAAGAAGUAAUUUGGUAUAAUUAUGUUAGAAUAAGUUAUGGUCCCGAAGUUGAUCAUUUGGUUAAAGGAAUGGAUGGUAUUGAGCGUAUAUUAAGUAGAUUUGGAUGUUUACCAUAUGACAUUAAACAAUGA